AUGGAAAUACUGUUGAGACUUCCGGCGAAAUCCAUUGGAAGGUUUCCUUGCGUGUCAAAGCUCUGGUCGUCUACGAUCACUAGUCCCCACUUCGUCAAGUCUUUUGCCGUUCGCUCUUUGGCACGGCCUUGUCUUCUGGCCGUCAAGAAAGAAGAGGACGAGCGUGUCUUGGUCUACUCAUUGCCGUAUCGUCUCGACUAUCCUCAAAUUCGGGUCGAAGAAUAUCAGAUGAUGCUCCCUCUUAGUGAGAACAGCUGUGAUAUUCCUCAAUCCGUCAACGGUUUGAUUUCCUUUCAAAGUUUUGAGAGUUUCAUAAUUUGGAACCCUACCUUGAGACAACAUGUCACUUUACCGGAGGCUAAACUCUCCAGACCCUUCAUAACCAUGUUGGGAUACGAUCCAAUCGGUGGUGAAUACAAAGUUUUGAGCAUGUCACUAAAUGGCCAAGAGGCUCAAAUUUUUACAGUGGGAGCUGGAGAGACUUGGAGAACACUCCAAAACAGCCCUAGCCUUAUUCAUCCCACCAUGAGAAUUUGGAGAUGCAUCAAAGGAGUUGUCUAUUAUUACUCAGCUCAAGAUACUGUAGUGAGCUUCGAUGUGAGGUCCGAAAAGUUUAAAGUGAUCCAAACACCAAAGAUAGUGGUAAAUCAAAUUCAGAGACUGCAUUUCAGCGAAAUCGAUGUUGGUUUUAUAAGCCACAUGGGAAGGUUAGCUUGGUUUACUAUUCAAGAUAAUGAACUGAUCAACUUAUGGGUUUUAGAGGAUGCUGAGAAACAUGAAUGGUUGCAGGAAGAAUCCGUUUUGCCAUUUGAAAUCGUUACGGUGGCCAGAUUAUUCUAUUUAUUAUUGAGUGGUGAAACUGCUGAUGGUGAGUUGAUUUACUUACCAACGUGGUCAUCGGAAGAGCCAAUGUAUGCUAACAAUUACGAUCUCAAGAAAGGUAGCGUAAGAAAAGUCGAAUACGAAGGAAUCGACGAUAAGAAGUUAAUAUUUGAUUAUUUUCCCGAACACAUUGAGUGUCUCAUGUCUUUGAACAAUCUUCUUGCCGUGUCCUAA